AUGCCCAAAGCUUGCUCGGAAGCAGCAUUGAGUCUUCUCACAUGCAUGGAAAAGACAGAGUGUGUCAAGAAGGGGACCCCCUUGAUCGAAUGCAUGAAGGAUGAAAUUGCCAGUGAUCCAUGUCGCGCACAACGGAAUGCCUAUUACACCUGCAAACACUCACAGUUGAACAUGAGGACCAGAAUUCGAGGAGUUCGAGUUUACUAA